AUGGUUAAAUAUAGUGAUUCGGAACAACAAUUUACUCCAGAUCAAUUGGAUCAAUAUCAAUCUACUACUACUACUACUACUACUACUACUACUGAUAAAAAAAAUUCCAAUAUUACAGUUGAUGAAGAAUGGUCAAUUAUUUCAUCAUCAUCAGAAAUUGAAGAAAAUAAAUCUAAAACAAAAGAAGAUGCAGAAAAAGAUUUAAAUUCAUUAUUUACACCUUCUGAAUCAAGUGAAGAUAAUACAUCCGUAAAAUCAGAUAAUAACUCCGAGGUUGAUGCAUCUUCAAUUAAUAAUAAGAUAAAGUUUUUUGAGAAUUUAUCUUAUUUUAAUGAAUCUUUUGUUCCUAAUUUUGCGAAGUUUAAGGAUGAAUUUUUAAAAAGAUAUGUAGAUGAACAAAAUGAAAGAAACAAAAAUAAUGAAGAAGAAGAUGGUGAUGAUUUAGAUGAAACAAUUGAAUUAAACAAAGACGGAGAAGUUGAAUUAAAACAAGAAAAUGCAACUCAAAACGAAAAGGUUAGAAAAGAAGUUGAAUUAACACAAGAAAAUGCAACUCAAAACGAAAAGGUUAGACUAGAAGUUGGUGGAACUAAUUUAUUAGCUCAAGUACAAGAAUUUUUAUCUCAAUACUAUAUUGUCAUUGGAAUCAUAUUAAGUUUAAUUUCAAUGACAUUUACAAUCUAUUAUUAUUUUAUAGUUCAACCCAAUAUUAUUAUACCUGAAAAACAGAUGUCUACAUUUGAUAAGUUUGACCAAUUUUGGAAUAAUUUAAUUUUUGAAGAAGAAUUAGAACUACCAGGUAAAACAGGUUAUUAUGAUUAUUUCACAUUUGGAAAAAUCAAAAAGGUUAAAAAAGUGAGUAAAAUACUCAAAUGGAAGAAUAAAUACUAUCCAAGAGUAACAUUCUUUGUUGAAAAAAAUUUACCUUUAUUAACACAGAAUUUCAAUAAAUAUAGCACCAAAACUUUUCAAUAUUAUCAUAAACUUCAAAUAAAAAGUUCAAAAUAUUUUAAUCAAUUUAACUCCGAAGCUUCUACAUAUUUAAAACAUGAAAUACCAAAACUUAAAUCAUUUGUUAAUGAUUUAUACAACCAGUUGGAUAUUUUUUCAAAACAUGCUAUAAGUGAUUCUAAAAACUUUGGUGAAGAAAGUUUAAAAGUCCUAGCAAUGUGGUAUAGAAAAUUCUUAUCUUCUUCAUCAAUUAUAGUUGCCGAAUCUAAUGAGUUUAUCAAAAAAGAAAGUAAAAAAUGGAAUUGGUCAUCAAUACUUGAAUUUAAGACAAUAAUAGAUGCGCAAUCAAUUUUAAUUUAUAAAACCAUUAAAAAGUAUUCAAACUGUAUUAAUGCAUGUUUAAGUAAUUGUGAAGAUAAGAAUGAUGUAUUUAAACAAACUACUAAAGUUUUUCAUACUAUUUGA